CGUAUGCGGCCUUCAGUUACAGUCGCCAUCUUGUUGUCGUCGAGAGCGGGCAGAGAAGGACGACGGGCGGCGGGAAAACGGCACAAAGCGGCGGUAAAACCCCUCAGCCAGGGUCUAACGGUAGAUACACGAGUACAUGGACUGCCUGCUAAUCAGAAACCAUGGUAUCGAUAAGGCUGGUGUAGGUUUUCCCGGGUCGUUCGGCUCAAAGAUGGACGACAAAGCGGCGCGGGAAGACGCGUGCGGAGAGUACCAGUCCUCUCUGGAAGACCUGACGUUCAACAGCAAGCCGCACAUCAACAUGCUCACCAUCCUGGCAGAGGAAAACCUGCACUUCGCCAAGGAUAUCGUCGCAAUUAUUGAAGCGCAAAUCAGCAAGGCCCCAUCCUCCGAGAAGCUUCCAGUUUUGUACUUAGUGGAUUCCAUAGUGAAGAAUGUUGGAGGAGAAUACCUUGCAGUGUUUGCUAAAAACCUAAUCACUUCAUUUAUAUGUGUCUUUGAAAAGGUGGAUGAAAACACUAGAAAGAGUCUGUUCAAGUUACGAUCCACGUGGGACGACGUGUUUCCUCUGAAGAAGCUGUACGCGCUGGACGUGCGGGUCAACUCGGUGGACCCGGCCUGGCCCAUCAAGCCGCUGCCGCCCACCGUCAACGCCAGCAUUCACGUCAACCCCAAGUUUUUAAAACAGUCUGAGGAGGUGUCCUCUCCAACGUCUGCCCCGACCCCACCGGCACCCUCACCCUCACCUGCACCUGCACCUGCACCCGCGCCUGCAGCGGCGCCUGCAGCGGCGCCCACUCCCCCGCCGGCGCCCGCCGUCAGCCAGUGCAGCCUGACGCAGGAGCAGAUAAUCCGGCAGCAGCUGCUCGCCAAACAGAAGCAGCUUCUGGAGCUCCAGCAGAAAAAGAUCGAGCUGGAGCUGGAGCAGACCAAAGCUCAGCUGGCCGGUGGCUUUGUGUUGCCAACGUCGACUCCGCUCUCCACUCCGGCAGCGCCGAAGCCCGUCAGCCAAACUGCUCCUGUGGUCCGACCCUGGAUACCUCCUCAGACUCAGGCAGACACCAAGCCGUCCACCAGAGACCCCCGUCUGAACCGCACCGGCCCCGCAGGCGCACCCCAACACAAAGAACAGCAUGCUGGGAAGAAAGCAGACACAACCACAACAAGUCCCGCUCUGACACCGGAGAAAUCCUCCCGGCCAGACAAGGCCAGGACCCCGAGGAAAGAAGUGUUAGAGGAGAAACCCAAGUCCAAGUCUCCAUCUCCGCUCGCCAAAAGUGUCCAGAACAAGAACAAACAGGUGGAGCCGGAGAAGUCAGCCGCCGACGGCACAAAGAAAGACCCGAGGCUGAGGAAACGCCCGCAGGACAAGAGCGGAGAGGCCAAAGACGAGGAGCUGAAAGAGAAGAAGAGAUGCACCGAGAAGAAGGAGCGAGAGGAGGCUGCGCGGGGAGGAGAGCCUCAGAGGUUCCCCAAGGGGAAGCUGCUCAACGGCUCGUUGACCAAACACGACCGCGACGAGCCCUUGGAGAAGGUCGAGUUCAAGACCGGAGGCAACGCCCGAACACACGCCAGGAAACGCACCCGCUCGCGCUCCAGGUCACGCUCCCCCACCUCCUCCCCGAAGAGGAAGGACAGGCGGUCGCCCAAGAGCAGAGCCAGGAGCUGCUCCCUGUCCCCCUCGCCCUCUCACAAACCCGGCAAACCCAGGAGAGUCCGCGCAGACGAACCGGAGCACGGUAAGCCCGGCAGGGAGGAUCGGCUCAUGACCAAAAAGAACCAAUCGGAGAGCAGGAGGUCAAAGAGGCCGGCGGAGGAGAGGCACCCUGAAAACAGAGACUCUCACUCCCCACGGAGCCACGACGGAGGCAAGGAGACAAAGGACGCUCCUCACCGCUGGAGGAGCGGCUGGGAGGAGAACAAACAUCUGAAGCCGGAGGACGCUCACGUGAAGCCCCCGCCUCAGAGACACAAACAGUACGGCACCCCGACUCGCCCCACCACCCCCCGAACCCCGAAGCAUCGCCUCAGCGUGGACGCCAACCUGCAGAUACCUGAAGUCCUCAACUCGGCCUCUAAGAAGGACCUGCUCAGGAGGGCCAGUAAGCGUCUGGAGAGCGGGGAGAUCUCCGAGGAGGACUUCCUGAACAUGGCCCACCAGAUCAAACACUUCUUCCAGUAUCAGGAGGAGAAGCAGCAGCACCCUGAGAGCUGGGACGACUUCUCCAAGAAACAGCUGCUGCUGACCACGCCCCCCUCCGCUCAGCCCCGCCCCCACGACGGCAUGGACGCGGCGGAGCUGUCGUACUACGAGCACAAGUCCAAGCUGAGGAAGACUCAGGUCACCCACCGAGCUACCGGAGAGGAGUGGGAGGGCGAGGAGAGCCCGGAGGAGGGCGAGGAGGCGGUGCUGGGUGAGAAGGCGGGUGGCGUCCGCAGCGUGGGACACCCACCGUCACAUAAAUACAGCCGGGCGCCGCGGGACAGACAAGGUGAGAGGAGGAGCAAAGAGCGCGAGGAGCCGCGACCUCCACCGGGCCCCAUGAUCGAGGAGUACAACCACGGCAAAGAGUUCCCCACCCUGAAGUCUCUGCCCGGCCUCCGCUUCAGGAGGAGAGCCGACCCCAGAGAGUCCAGUGA